UUGUAUUUCAUCAACAAGAUUUCCAAAUCAUGCGCAUUAUAAUUUCGAAUAUUAUCAUCAUCACAUCAACAUCAGUAUGUGACAUGUGUGUGUUACUGUGUUUUUAAAAAUAUAUCAUCACAAAUAAUUCACGUCAUUAAUAUUAUUACGUUUAUAAAUCAAGUGUCAUUAAAUAAUAAAAUAAGUUGAGUCGAUUGGUUUAAAUUAUAAUAGUGUAAAUAAAUUUAAUAAUAAACAAUGCAAGUUGAUAAUAAUAAAUCUACAAAAAUAGAAAAAACACCAAGACGUAAAAAGCAACAUGACCAGCUGAGUGGCGGGAUGGAGUUGUUUGCGUCUCCAAAACGUACAAAAACAGACGUUUUAGAAGUAACUGGUGUAUCAAGAAGUGGAAGAGUAAGAAAAAAAUCAUCGAAACUUGUUGAUUUUGAAUCACCAAAUGAUUUAGCUGAUAAUAAAUUAAAAAAACAACAAAAAGCAGCUCAGCAUUUACAUGCUCAACAAGUACUUGAACGUUUUGAAGCCCAGCAAAAUCGUAAAUCAAUAUCACCAAUACAAAAUAAUAUUAUUAUUCAACGUAAUAGAAAAAAUUCUGAUACAACAAAACAACAUGUAUUAUUACAAAAAAAUACCAAACUUGAUACAGCAUCAAGUCAAUCAGAAACAGAUGUACAUUCUGAUAAUGCUAGUGAUUCUGAUGAUGCAACUGAUAUUAAUGACAUGAUUAUAAAUGAAGGUCAAGUUAAUAACGACAUUGAUGAUGAUGACGAUGAUGAUGAUGAUCGUUUUUCAAUUGAAUCUGGUAGUGAUAUUGAUGACAUUGAUCCAUUAUUAAUUGAUGACAAAGAGACUGGUUUUAAACGUCUUGAACCACCAUCACAAGAACUACCAUCAUCACAAGCAAAUAGUCUUUAUAUGUUAGAAAAAAGUAAGAAGAAAAUUAUCAUUAAAGAUGGAAAAAUUAUUGGACGAAUGAAAGCACAAAGAAAAGACAAAGGAAAAACAAGAUUUACUGCUUAUAUGUUGUGGUCAAAAGAAGUCAGACAAGAAUUAAUUGAACAACAUCCAGAAAUGGAUUUUGCUGCAAUUUCAAAAAGACUUGGUGAACUUUGGUCAACAGUGCCAAACAUACAAAAAUAUAAUUGGCAAAGACGAGCAAAACGUUUAGCAUCUUCAUCAUCAACUGGAUCAAAAGAAUCACCAAUAAAAUCAUCACCAAUACGUAAAAAAUUUCUCAAUAAAAAUGGUAACACAAAAGAAAUAACAAAAUUAACAACAAAAAAAACAAUUCAAUUAGGUGGCACCUCAAUUGUUGGUAAUAUAUCACAAAAUAAAAGUUUAAUUAAAGAUGAUAGUCCAGCAAUUGGUGGAGGAAGUAAUUAUAAAGUUUCUGGUACAAAACCAAUGGACGUUGCAGCACAUUUAAAAUUACUUGGUGAAAGUUUAACAAUAAUUGGUGAACGUUUAAAAGAACACGAAGGACAAAUUGCUGUAUCUGGUAGUUUAUCAGUUUUAUUAGAUUCAUUUUUAUGUGCUCUUGGUCCUCUAAUGUGCCUUACACAACAAAUUCCUGAGGCUAAUGGGGCACAGUCUGAAACAUUAUCAGGAAUUCUUGAUAAUAUUGCAUACAUCAUGCCUGGUUUAUAAUUUUAUUUGUUUAUAAAAUUCUUAUUUUUAUUAUUAACUAUUAAUUACAUUUAUGCAAUUUUUCAUUUUUAUUAAAAAAAAAAUUAUUAUUCAAGGAAAAAACAUUGGUCCAAAAAUAUACUUAGAAAACAUUUGACAAUGAAUAAUAUUUUUUUAAAUGUAAAAAUAAAUAUAAAAAAGAUAAAUUUAUAUGAUAUAUGAAAGAUAUUUUGAUGAAUAUAAAUAUAUUUUGUUUUUUUUUUAUUUUUUUUUUUACCUAUUAUUAUUUUAUUGUUGAGGUAAAAUUGGUGGACAUGUGCAAAAUAAAUUUUUAUCACCAUAAAUAUCAU